AUGAUUAUAAAGGUCACAAUUAAAUCACCUACAUAUAGAUCGAUACUAUCAAUUCCAUUCCGAUGUUAUUCUGAUAUCCCAAAAGUACCACUAUCUAAUGCUACCAAGUCUGUAAAUACAUCAUCCAAUAAGAGCAACCAUAAAGAUGAUCCUUCAAGCGAUUCUCCAAAGGAACCAGACGCAGAUGAAAUCAAUUCAGCGAUAGUUGAAAGAAUGAAACAAAUCCUAGAAGAGAAAAUAUCAACAAAUGCAUCCAAUAUGAAUACCCUUCGACAAGUUGAUUCAUCAAUCAAUUCCAUAUUUCAAAAAUAUGCUCCACCAGGCACCGAUAUAAAACAAGCAAAUUCAUAUAUCAAAAGUGAACCAUUAUUAAAAGCCAACAAACAUGCUAGAGAUAUCUAUAAUACCCAACCUUGGCAAGGAGAAGAAACUAACAUAGAUGCCAAUUUAAGAAUGAUUCUUGAUCUGAAGCCACCUCCAAUGAAAUUAUCAAGAAAAGCGGCAGCAUCAACUACCAAAGAAAAAUUAGCACAAGCUAGAGAUCUUACUCUAGAUUAUAAGCUAAAUCCAAAAUCAAGUGGGUCUACACCAAAGGAUGACAAUUUCCGGGAAUUGUAUAAAGAAAGAUUAUUAGGACCAGACCAAUUCAUUCCAUUAUCAUCAUCAGCUACUGAUUAUGUUGGAAGUAUUGCUAGUAAUCGAAUUAAUUCAAGUAUUAAUUUAAAAACGGGACAAUUUGAAACUCCCGAUAUGGCAAAAGUUAGAGGGAAACCUUUAAAUCGAGAACAUUUGGCAAAUUGUACUGAUUCGAAUUAUUUUAUGAAUCAAAUAUUGAAUAAACAAUCAGUAUUACCUCCAUGGAUUGAAUCUCAACGAGGAUUAAAUUCGGAAAUUGAUAGGCUUAGAAGUAAAAUUGAUCAAAUGUGGUUUACUUGGAUUAUUCAUCAUUCUAGUAUUGCACCAAUUGUGAAAGUUUCUCUGAAUUUAGAAGUAAUUGAAGAUUCAUUUGAAAAGAAUUUAAGUAAUUUUACAUUUAAUAUUAAUGGAUAUAAAGUAUUACCUAAAUCUGAAUUGGAAUAUAUUGAAGCCAAAAUUGAAUCAAUUAAUAAACAAAUUAGAGAUUAUAAUUUACAAUGUCCUUCAAGUUCUGGUCAUAAAUUUAAAUUAUCAAUUGAUAAAGAAUUAAAAGAUUCAUAUUUUAGAACUCUUGAAAAUUUCUCCAAAAAUCUUGAAAUAUGGUUUGAUAAACAUAAACGGAAAUCUCCAACUAUUCAAAUUAAUCGAGAAUCUAUGCUGCCAGGGUUGCUUAGUAUUUGGGGUGAUGAUAAUGAACCUCACCUUAAAGCAACUGGUCUGAUCGAACCUAAUCCUAAUCAGGAUACAAGCUUACAUUUCUGGGAAGCAAUAAAAGAUAUAUUCAAAAAGAAGUAA